UAAUUAUUAUAAUUUUUAAAAAAAAAUUUUAUUUAUAAUUAUUGAAUUAAAUUUGAACGAUGCAUAUCAUUUAAUCCUUGAGUUUUGUUUUCUUAUAUCCGGAGAAAAUCUGUACUCUUCCAACAAAAACACCACAAAAUAAAAUUUUAAAUAAGGAAAUGGAAAAUUGUUGUGAAUACAAGACUCGAGAGUAUGUAUGAUUGUAGUAGAUAGGCAGAGGAGAGAGAAAGAGAGAGGAGAGAGAGAAGAAAUAGUAGUUGCUGAAGUCUGAGCGUCUGACACAGCAGCUAAAAACCCAUUGACGACCGCCACUAGCCAGUAGCCACCCUCUUCCGCCCUUACCCGCCGCCUCUGCAGGCUCUGGUCUCUCUUAUUCCCCUGUUCCUGUGGUCCAUCUCCUACCCCACACCUCCAUAUAUCUAGAAACCGAAUACAGUUAAAACUCUCAUCUUUUUCUUCUCAUAAUAUUUCUGUGUUUCUUUUUUUUUUUUUUUUUUGUUUGUUUUUGGUGAUAUUGAUCAUUGGGUCUGAAAACUUUAGCAUUUCGGAACGGAAAGGCCGACUCUUUGGACCGUUUUCCGGUGAGGGCUGAAUUUUUCUGUAUUGGGUUUCCUGUAUUUGAUGGAUCAAAAGCAAAUGGACUGGGAAUUUUUUAUUAGUUCUAACUUUUUCUGAGCUGGGUUGGUGAGAUAGAUGCUGUUAUGUGACGGAAAAUCGUUUCCGGUAUUGUCUCUAGCUCCCAUAGAUUACUACAACCUCUCCCUCUCUCUCCCUCCCUCUCCCUCUCCCUCUCCCCCUCUCCUUUUUCUGGGUUUUCUGCAUAUCCGCCACCGGUCCAAAAUUCCAGAAAAAAAGAAGAAGCAAGUCAAACCGAUUCGUCUCAAACUCUGACACCGUUUCUAGAAGGAGAAAAAGAAAUCCUCGCGGAUAUCGCUCGAAUUCAAGAUCAGAUUUUCCAUAAAUUUCAAUUAUCACUUGGGCUUUAAUUGUUUCAUUAUUCAAUGUGAAUGAUAAAAUGAAUGGCCUAUGGGUUUGGAUGUAACCCUGGUAGGUGGGUGGGAACAAGAAGGAAGGAACACCCGGCAUGCAGAGAGAGAGCAAUAUAACGAUAACGAUCGCCGUUAGUUUUGGCAGUUUUGGGUGUCGAGAGUAGAUUAUCUAGGACUAGCGACGGACACGUUUAGCACACCCUCACAAUGAUCCAAUUUCCUCCUAUUUAUAAACCUCUGCAUGUCGCUUGAAGCCCCACAUCAAUCCAUCAAACAAUUUCAGACCAUCACAAGAGAGAAAUCAACAUGCAGCAACAGCAGCAGGAGGGAGGUGAGCAGAAGGAGCAGCAGAACCAGGAUCAGCGGUUGAAGGCGGCGGAGCAGCAGAACCAGCAGCCGCACAGGUGCCCGCGGUGCCAGUCCAUGAACACCAAGUUCUGCUACUACAACAACUACAGCCUCUCUCAGCCACGGUACUUUUGCAAGGCGUGUAGGAGGUACUGGACUCAGGGCGGGACCCUCCGGAACAUCCCCGUCGGCGGCGGAUGCCGGAAGGGGAAGCGCGCCAAGGGGGGUUCCUCCUCGGCGUCAGCAUCUCGGACCGUGCAGCCGCAGCCACCACAGAAUGAGCAGGACAUGCAGAACAAUUUGGGAAUUGGCGGCGGGUCCGUGGGGAUGUCUACGGCGAACCCGAGCGGUGGAUUGGCUAUUCACCAUCAGUACUACCCUGGUUCUUCUCAUGGGUACUUGUCACCUUUUGCAGGGCUUCAAUCUCUGAGUCAAUCUCAGCCGUUCAAUGCUGGGGGCGGUCAUGAUCCUGCCUCGAACAUGAGCCUGCUGCAGGGGUUCAAUCUCUCAGUUCCUAUGGUGGCGUUGCAGCCGCAGCAACGUCAGCAGUUUUUUCAGAUGGGCGGCGCUAGGAGCAAUAAUCUGUUGGAUCAAGCUGCUGUGUACCCAUCUGAGCAUGAUCAGUGGGCCCCCCAAAGCGUCGUCAACAGAUCAUCUGUGAAUACUUCUUCUUCUGCAGCAGCAGCCUCGGACAGCGCUUUGUGGACCAUGGGCAAUAACAACCCCAUCACCACCACCACCACCACCACCACUGCCAGCAGCAGCAGCGGCGGCCCAUCUCUGAACCCAAAGCAGUGGCCUGAUCUGCCCGGAUCAUAUGGCUCUCCUAAUUGAGAGACUUUUAAGGCAUGCGUAUGAUCGUAUCCCUACAAAGCAUGCAAAUUAAUCAUAUAUUUACUUUUGUAUACCGAAGGGAGAUUACCAUAUGGAUCUCAAAGUGUCACCCAUUAAUUUUCAGUUCUUAUAAUUAUUUACUAAAUUGGUUAAUUGUACUUGGUGGUUAAGGUAUGUAUGAUCUUUGUGUCUCAUGGAACAAAACUAUAAUUUUGUUGUAAAUGAAAGGAUAAUAUUUGGGUCAUAAGCAUAUAUAGCCUUUUGUUCAAUUCCAUGAGUUGGGUUAUUUAGGUGGUGGUAUUUUGAACUUGAAAUUCAUCGAAAGCUAUUGAGCUAAAUAUUUGUGCUUUUGUUUUUGGUAUUUUAUGCCUUUAUUGUCUGCUCUCGUACUCCAAAAUUAACACUAUCUAUAUCAUAUUUGUUGACCACGUUGUUGAAGAUUGACCUAAUAACACAAGUGCAUUCCAAUUGUACGUGGGAUUUAGAUAAGUGCAUUCCAAUUGUACAUGGGACUCGUCAUAGAAAAAUGGUCAGUAUGUGAUUAGUCACCAUAUUUAAUGAACACAUUGUUGAAGACAGAUCUAAAUAACAGAGAUGAUGUGUUCAACUCGUGUAUGCAUGUAUGCAGAACUCAUACCGGUUAUGUGUCAAUAUCUAAUCAAUUAUCUGUACCAUAUUUACUAGUCGCACUAUUGAAGACGUGUAAUAAAAAUAAGUGAGUUUGACUUAUUUAUGCGGGACUUGUACUAGAUAAAUGAUGAGUAUCUGAUCAGUUAUUUAUACAUUAUAUAUAUUUACUGACUACGUUGUUGAAGACUGAUUUAAUAAAUAGAGUUUAAUUCUAUCUACGUAUAAAUAGGCAAUUAGUAAUGUGAUCACUAAAUGUUAAAGUUGUGUGAAAUUAUGUCAAACUGAUGACUUGUACUUCAUUCAAGGUCUUGAAGGAAAAGGUGAAAAGCAAGAAGACAGUACUUGAACAGAAAGCUAGAUGCAAGCACAGAGGAAGGUUUAGCUACAUGUGUAGAAAAGUUGACGAACAAGAGUCAUAUGGAUAGGUCUUGUUGCAUGUGGUGGUUGACUGCAAAUGCUUUUGAUGAAGGAUGAAUCACCUGAGACAGACUUCCAAAUUGCUGUACGAUAUCUUUUAUAUUUUUGGUAAGUUUGCUUUAUGAUUUAUUAUUGCACUUGGCAGGUUAAAGCCUGCCCACUACAGCUACAAGCUCUCUUUAUUUGCUUUAAUUUUUGUAAAAAAAAAAAUACUAAUAAUUCAUAUCAAUGAAUAAGUAUUGGAAGAGAA